GCUUUCUAGUUUACACAGUAUCACUUGUUGAAGAGGUUAGUCUUUCAAAAAUAUUUAUUACUUUUAUUUGUAUGUGUGUGUUGCCCAUAUGUAUGUCUGUAUACCACAUUAUGACUGUUGCCCACAGAAGCCAGAAGAGGGAGGUCAUUUAACCCCCUGGGACUGAAGCUACAGCCAGUUUUGAACUGCCAUGUGGGUGCUAGAACUGAACUUGGAAGAGUUCUCUGGAAGAGCAGCCAGUACUCUUAACUGCUGAGCCAUCUCUCCAGCCGCAAAGAGAUUAUUCUUAUCCCACAUAAUAAUUUUGAUGCCUUUAUGGGAAUCAAUUAACCAUAAAUACGUUAUGUUCAGAUUCUUCAUUCCACUUCACUGAUUUAGCGGCCAUCUGCAAAUUUUGCUUCCUAUAGCUUUGGAGUAUGUUUCGAAAGGAGUAGGUGUGAAUCUUCCUUUAUUGAUCUCUUUUUCCCCAAGGAGUUUUUGACUUUUCAAUUCACAACUUUAUGAAUCUCAGGUUACAUGUUAAAAAUAAUGAGCUGACAUUUUUAUAGGUAAAGCACAGAUCUUUAGAUUAAUUUGGAAAACAUUACCUCCUUCUCUGUAAUAAGUCCUCUGACCUACAGGCAAUAAGGCAAUAUUAAAAUAAAUUUUAAAAGAUGUAAACAAACCUUAUGUCUGAAAAUUAAAGAUUUAAAAAACUGAGCUGAAAUAAUUGACAUGUUACUAAUUAAGCCUCAGAUGUGUCCUGCAUUAUAGAUCUUUUAUCUAAACAAGGUCUGGUGACUCAUUUCACCAUGUAUUGACUGUGUGAUCUUUGGGGGGUCACCUAUUCUAUCUGGGUUUUGGUUUCCACAUCUGGAAAAUGAGGAGAUUAACAGUGGAUGCCUCCAGUGUGGACUGGAACCAGAGGGCCUAUAUCACAACAUCUUCAACUGUUUCCCUAUGCCUCCUUUGUUCCUUCAGAUUUUUUUUCUCAAUUGCUCAUUGUUAUAAUUGGCAAAAAUGCUUGGCUGCAUUAAAUUUAAUCCGGUAGACAGUGACUUUCUAGUGAGGACCUAGAACCAUGCUGAGCAUUGGAAGCAAUUAGUGGCUGAACUCAAAUUCCAGAGAAAUGUGUGAUUGUUUUUUAGCUAAAAUUUGAGAGUUCAUUAUAGUUCAGUUUUACUCAAUGCUUUACACACAUAAACCUAUGAAAUUCUCAUAAUGCUUUUACUGUUAUGAUUCUUAUCACCCAUUGAGGAAACUGGGGCCCAGAGAGACCAGAGAAAUGUGAGGUUUUCAAAAUCUUAAAAUUAAGAAAGAAAAAUCUUGUAAAUGAUGGGGGUAGGACUCAAGAGCAGCCAAGUUAGCUCUAAAUCCUGUACUCUAAAUUACCCUGAAGGUUCUGAGGUCCUUCAUCCUUGGCUUUGCAGGUUUCUUUGAAGAAAUCACCCAGAGGGACACCAAAAAGUGCACAUCACUACUAAGUGUGCAGAUGCUCAGUCACUCCUGGGUGCUGACUCUGCACAAGCCAUGAUAUUAGAUGUGAGGGAUACAAAGAGGUGCAAGAGCCAUGACCCACCCCGGGAAGCCAGACUGUAAGUGCGGCCAAAGGUGGACACAUGGGUGACUUAGUGAACUGGGAAGGAACAGAAAGUGGAAAGACUCAUAGGAAAGUCACAGGGAGAUCAACUCUGUUGUAGUUACUCAGAAACACUCGUUGAUGAGGCUGCUUGCCAAUGAGGACUUAGAAGGGAAGGCUUACAGAACAUAGGGACGAAGAGGUGGGUUAUCCUAGCAGAGGAAGAGAUGGGAGACGGAGACUGGAUCCUGGAUACUGAUUAGAAGCUGCUCUCGCCAGGACUUUUAACAUCCAUUGGGCCCAGAAGAACAUUGAUCACUGAAGCUGUGUGAGGAGGUAGAGUGCAGAUUCUCACUCCAGAUCUCAGCUCAGUGUUCUUAAAUGCAAACCCCCUUGUUUGUGGCCUUGAGCACCUUCAGUAAGAAAGGGAGCAGAAAGGAGCUCAGGAUUCUCUGAGUCUGUAGUGAGUAAAACUGAGGAGGGGUAUGAGGAUUCAAGUGGCAUGGACAGUGGCAGAGAAGGGAGAGAGAUUAGAAGCCGGCAACAGAGUCGAGAACCCAAUUGCCUCAAAAUCAAUUGUUAUGUCAGGAGCAGUGAUGCUUGAGAAUGGAGAGGACAUGAAAAAAACAGACGGAGCCUGAGACAGAGGAUGAAAAGAUGCUUUCCACCUGGCUGGCUUGCAUAAGACUCUCCACUGUUGUUAACCGUUUCCUCUGAGAUUAAAACAUUCUACCCUGCAGAGAAAGUAAACAACUCAAAAAUAUCUUCAGGAAGUCCCUGAAACUGACCAAAUUUACGAGGCCCCUUCCUGCCAGAAUAAGCAAUAAAAGCUGAGAUUCUCUCUCGGAAGAGUGGAGCCACGCUGCAAAGAAGACCUUGAAGCCAAGUCAGUGGGCUGGAAGAUGUUUAGAAAAACUGAAACACCUGGAAAGGACACUCUGCAAACUGCUGAGCGCUCUGCAGGCUGGGAAAUGUGCUCCAGGUUCCCAGCUUUGUGGGCUGUCACAUAUUCUGAGGUGGGCUUUGGUGAUGCAGUUGUCUUUGAGUGCCUUCUAAGUAACCCCUCACCCAUAUUCCUCCAAGUAACCCAAUAAAACACAUUGGUUCACCAAGUUGGACUUUGUAUCUGUACUUUGGUUUGUCAUGGAUUCCCUACCCAGGGUGAGUAGACCUGUGUUGCAUCUCCCUGAAAAAGUCUUGUCAUACAACACCCAUGAAAGAUGGCAAUGAAUCAGCAAAACCCCUCCAAGACCCUAACCAGCUCUUGAUCAUAUUCAGGGUUGGUCUGCUGGCUAGUUCAGUGCCAACUUGGCACAAGCUAGAGUCAUUUGGGAAGAGGGGACCUUAAUUGAGAAAAUUUGCCCUCUAGAUUGUCCUGUAGUUGAGUACUUUCUUGACUGAUGACUGGUGUGGGAGAACCCAUCUCCUUGUGGGCAGUGCCAUCCUUAGGGUGGUGAUCCUGAGUGAUAUAAGAAGCAAACUGAGCAAGCCGUGAGGAGUAAGCCAGUAAGCAACAUUCUGCUAUGGCCUCUGCAUCAGUUCCUGCCUUUAGGUUCCUGCCCUAACUCCUCUGGAUGACAGUCUGUAUGCUAUUAAGAUGAAAUAAACCCUUUCCUUCCCAGUUGCUUUUGGUCAUGGUGUUUUAUCACAGCAACAGAAACCUUAAUUAAGACAGCUGGCAUGUUCAGAAGUCCCAGCUCAGGAGGAUAACCACCCUUUAAUGCUGUGCUGUCACAGUACUGAUUUACUAGUGCUUGAAGAAGGCCCCUGGUUCACACUCUUCAGACAGUGCAGGAGGUCCUGUUGUCUUCUACCUAGAGAAUGUCUCUACAUUGGGGUAAUGCCCCUGGAGGUCCCAUCUCACAUCAGAAGGUUGCCUCCUUCCCCAUAGGCCAUCCUCAUUGUCCAAUCCUUGGCCAUUCCUUCCUCUUUCCCAGAACCCAUGUAGCUGUACUCAUUCCCAGAGCUUAAAAGCUUGGUAUCCAUUAGCAGCUCUGGAGUUUUCUUGACUGAAAGUUGGGGAAGUUUUGAACCAAUAAAGAAAAGUUAAGCCAAUGGAAUGGUGGACUCUACAGGUCCCAGCUCUGGCUUGGCAGAGCUCCGCAUGGGCUACGGAGGAUGUCCCACCUGCUUCCUUUCACAGUCUUGGUGCUCUCACCCUACCCCUUUUCCCCACAUGAGGAUACAGCAAUCUUCUGUUCCCGAUUAAAGUCCAAGCUCUACUGGAUCAGCAAAGCGAUUCAUGUUUAAGCAGUGAGAACUAUGUGGGGCUUCCCACAGCUGAAUUUCCUAAUAUCAGGCUAGGCCCCAAGCAGCCCACACUCUUCUCCAUAGUAGUUGUUGUUAUGCUCCAUUAUCCUUGGUUUAGUCUAGAGUUCAACAGCGCCGCCUCCUGGCAGUGGGGUGGAAGUGACAGCCGUAGAGGGUAGGGGUGUGUGUGUGUGUGUGUGUGUGUGUGUGUGUGUGUGUGUGUGUGUGUGUGUGCGCACGCGCGCGCUUUGAUUUGGACCCCGCCCUCCACAUUCUUGGUGAGUGCUUAAGCAGAUAAAAGUCCUAAGUAACAGACUCCCAUCCGCCCCUCCCAGAGUUGGUGAGUGCUAAUGCAGAUAAAAGUCCUAGUGACAGACUCCCAUCCGCCCCUCCCAGAGGCUCGGCAUCCUGCCCACAGGACCCCUCCUCUUGAAUGCCUUUUGUGAGCAAAUGGAAUGUGUAGGCAUCUCUAUCUUUUGAGCCUCUCAAUCAUCACCUCAAAGGAAACCAAGUGGACUCCGUUGCAGCUCACACCGCCUCCUUGCGGUGGCUCUCUAGCCAGUUUCUUUGAGGUGUGCGGGGGAUGGGCUUGGAGUAAACAAAACAAAACAAAACAAAACACCAGAACAAAGGAACGCAACACUCUCCCCUACAGGGUUCUUCAGGAGUAGUACUAGGGAAGAGGGCCAGGAUCUCUGAGCCCAGCGCUUGCACGACUUUCUCACGCAACCAGAGAGGGUCCGGCCUUGGAGAUACCUGCCCAGGAACUGGCCAUUGCCGGCCAGUCGUCAGAGUGGAGAGGAGGGGCGGAGGGGAGGGUGUGGUGUUAUUAGGCCAGUCUUCUUGCUGGUGGAGUUGUUUCCCAAACCCAGUCUAAGUUCCUUUGGGACUUAGCUCUCCAUUUGUGGCCGCAGCCAGGCUUCCUAGUUAGUCCUCCGUGGUCUAGCUUAAUCAAUCCUGUCCAUCCUCUUGAUGUUUGAUAAUCCCUCCCAGUGUCCUGCAGGUUUCAGACACACCCUCUAACCGACUCUUAGUUUCUUCUUCCUAAAGCCCCACCAACAAGACCAUCCUUUAAAGUUUGGUAGCCUCUAUGGGGAAGUGCAUGCUUGUGUGUGUGUGUGUGUGUGUGUGUGUGUGUGUGUGUGUGUGUGUGUGUGUGUAUGAAGGGGCUUAAAGACAGGCUACCCACAGGCUACCUCGGAGUGUCUGGGGCGGGAACUGUCGCCUCGCUGACAGAGUUCUGUUCCUUGGUGGUGGUGCCUGCGGGCUCCGCCCGAGGACCUCCGUGAGCCCUGGCCGAGUUUUACUCAUCACACAGAGGUGAUCCUAGGCUGGAGGGCGGGCGCAAGGCGUCCGGAGAACCCAGUAAUCCGAGAAUGCAGCAUCAGCCCUUCCCACCAAGCACUUCCUUCCUUUUCCCGAACGUCCAGAGAGGGAGGGCCGCGCAUUUAUAAACUGGAGCCGCAGCGGAGUGGCAUGUCAGAGGCUGACUCGCUGGGACUAGGAGCUUGGGCUAGAAACGUCUAGGCUGAGACAGAGGCUAGCUGCUCUUGCCCGAGGCGUCCGAAAGCUCCCCUCGGGCGCUGGGUGCCUACACCGUCGCUGGACUAGCGUUUUCCCCGGAACUUGCACACUAACCACUGGACAGCAUGCUUGGGGUUCUCCUUCUAGGUGUGCUGGCUCCAGCCGGCCUGGGGAUCUCCCCAGCAGCCAAGUUGCAGUCCCGAGGCAGUCAGUGCGUGGAAUACGAGUGCUUCGCGCUUUUCCAGGGCCCCUUGACCUUCCUCGAUGCCAGCAGUGCCUGCGAGAGCCUACAAGGACAUCUAAUGACAGUGCGCUCCUCAGUGGCUGCCGAUGUCAUCUCCCUUCUGCUGAGCGACAACAAUAGUAUGAACUCACGCCCCUGGAUCGGCUUACAGCUCCCACAGGGCUGCGGCGACCCGGGGCAUCUCGGGUCCCUGCGCGGCUUCCAAUGGGUUACUGGCGACAACCACACAAGUUACAGCAGGUGGGCGCGGUCCAACGACCAGGCGGCUCCACUCUGCGGCCCGCUGUGUGUCACGGUCUCAACCGCAACAGCGGCUGCACCCGGUGAGCCUGCCUGGGAGGAGCAGCGGUGCGAGACCGAAGCCGACAGCUUCCUCUGCGAGUUCCACUUCACAACGUCCUGCAGGCCUCUGGCGGUGGAUCCCCGAGAUCCUGAGGCUGCUCACAUCUUCAGCACCUACCAAGCCCCUUUCGGGGUCCGUGGUGCGGACUUUCAGACCCUGCCGGUAGGCAGCACCGCUGUGGUGGAGCCCCUUGGCUUGGAGCUAGUGUGUAGGGCCCAGCCUGGAACUUCUGAGGGACACUGGUCUUGGGAAGCGACAGGAGCCUGGGACUGCAGCGUGGAGAAUGGUGGCUGCGAGUACUUGUGCAACCGGAGCACAGGCGAGCCCAGAUGCCUCUGCCCCAGCGACACCGACCUGCAGGCGGAUGGUCGUUCAUGCAUAAAACCCUUGGUGUCAUCCUGCAACGACCUCUGCGAGCAUUUUUGUGUCAACAGCCCCGACGUGCCCGGCUCGUACUCCUGUAUGUGCGAGACAGGCUACCAAUUGGCAGCGGACCAACACCGUUGCGAGGAUGUGGAUGAUUGUAAGCAGGGGCCCAAUCCAUGCCCGCAGCUCUGUGUCAACACCAAGGGUGGCUUUGAAUGUCUCUGCUAUGAUGGCUAUGAGUUUGUGGAUGGAGAGUGUGUGGAGAUCCUAGAUCCGUGCUUCGGAUCUAACUGCGAAUAUCAGUGCCAGCCAGUGAGCCCCACCGAGUACCGUUGUAUCUGUGCUGAGGGCUUCGCACCUAAACCCCACGAACCUCACAGCUGCGAAAUGUUCUGCAAUGAGAGUUCAUGCCCAGCAGACUGUGACCCUAACACCCCUGAGUUUUGCCAUUGCCCUGAAGGCUUCAUCCUGGACGAAGGUGCCAUAUGCGCGGACAUUGACGAGUGCAGUCAAGGAGAAUGCUCCCCGGGCAGUGAGUGUCGAAAUCUUCCGGGCUCCUAUGAGUGCAUCUGUGGGCCUGACACGGCCCUUGUCGGCCAGGUUACCAAGGACUGUGACCCCAUCCCUGUUAAUAAAUACAAUGAGGACUCCGGCUCUGGGGAGCUCCCGGUCAGUACGACGCCAGGCUUUCCAACAGGUCCGCCGUCCACAAAGCCAGUGAAUUCUGGCGUGCUCAUUGGCACCUCCAUCGCCAGCCUGUCCCUGGUGGUGGCGCUUUUGGCGCUUCUUUGUCACCUGCGCAAGAAGCAGGGAGCGGCGCGUGCACAGCUGGAGUACAAGUGCGCAUCUCCAGCCAAGGAGGUAGUACUGCAGCAGGUGAGGACUGAUCGGACGCUGCAGAAGUUCUGAGGGACUUUGCUCCAGAGACCCAGGUUGCCUUUGUCUUUCCUGGUUCAGUACCUCUUCUCUCUCUCUCUCCGGCCCUCCCAGCUGUGCUCCCUGACAACUUAAAAGCGUCCCCGCUGCCAAGAUAACCGGAGAAGACCUUAUCCCAUCCCCAUGAGAAGCAGGGGUGGGGAGGACUUGAAGUGAGAGAGCCCAGCUUCUUCCAAGUCCAUACUGAACAACUGGGCGGGCGGAGGUCGCAAAUACACAGUGAAGAGUGUCCCAGGCCCUCACCUCAGAGUGCAGGAUGUGUAGGCGCUGCUGAUCUUUAGCCUUUAGGCAAAAAGCUUGACGUCACGGGCUAGAGAUGACCCAGAUAUUUAUUUUUUUAGAGUACUUAGCAUUUCAUUCCCUUUGGUUUUCCCUGUUUGUAAGUCUCCAAUCCUCCCACCCUUUCUCUGUCCCUCUAUGCCUUCCCCUUCCCUUCACACACUCCCUUUCUCAUUUUUCUGCCCCCCAAACCUGAUCUUACUUUGCUUUCAUCCUUCUCUCCAGACAAAACUCUUAAGUGAAACAGAAAAGAAACACUAAACGCAGAAAGUUUUCUUUUUCACUGGCUUUGGAAAUUUAAUUGGAAAAUUCAGGUUUCCAGAGCAAAAUAAUUUUAAGGAAAGUUAAAAUGCUACAGCUGAACACUAGUUAAUAGUGCUGGAAUGUCACAGAAAUUAAAUUCAAGGAGGUUGGGUUUUUUUGUUUUGUGUUUUUUCAUCUUUAUUGUUGAAAAGGUGAGCCUGGGUUUUAUUGUUGUUGCUGUUGUUUUGAUUUAGAAUGACCAAAAGGUAAUUAUUGUUAAGCUUUUUGUAUGCCGGCUCCUAUAGUGUUACUUAUUUUUGACAGUGUUGAAAAUGUUCAGAUGAGCCUUCCUCCAACGUUUUGGUGUUGCAAUAGGACAUUGCCAUCUUCAGACGUAUUGGGCCACAUUCAUAGCUAUCCUGGGAUGUAUGUGGUCCUUAGGCUGGACAUAUCUGAGACUGACAGAUGGAAGCAUCUUCCAGAAAAAUUUUGAGUUAUAUGCUUUGUGCCUAGCUGACUCUCAACUGCUCUUGUCACUUACAGUCCCAAAUAAAAGCAGUAUGAUGCUUAGGGAGAUGUGGGAACUUGGGAAUAGAGCCUGGUGGGUGCCUAGAUAUGGCCUCGUCUUAAUGAGGUUCUUGGACAAUAUCUUCUACUUCAGAGGGACCUUUUAGCCCUGGCCACUGGCCCAUGAACAAGAAUUGGAACCUCCCUUGGGAUCUGGCUAGAAUUGCAAAAUCCUAAACUCACCCUCCCCACUUACAAGAAGCUGCAUUUUAACAACUUUCUGGAGAACAUUAAAUGUCAGUUAAUAAUAAGUAGCAGGCCAUGGUAGGCCAUUUAUUAUUAAGAAACUGAGGAAUUUUUCACUGCAUAGCUUCGCUUUCUGUCUAAAAAAAAAAAAAUGACUAGGUACACACCUCUAGAUAUUGCCACACAGGGUCCAGAAGGGUUUUGGUUUAACUAAGCUAGGAAUGAACUCAUAUGUCAGUGAAAGAAACAAAUGUAUCAUAUGUGUAUCUUUUGUAAGGAAAGGUUUUUCUUUACUGUUUUGUAAGCUCAGCGUAUUUGUACAUAUUUAUUUAUUGGAGUUUAGCUAGAACACAGGCAAAGCCUUUGCUUAUGAUGUCACAUGUACAAAAUAAACAGAUUACAAUGA